AUGAAUAUUUACAAUCCCAAUACGGCGGUGCACUUCCGAUUUCCAAUUACUUUGAGACCGGAUGAACUAGAACUGGCGGUUGCGAAAGCAGCUGCACAACUUAUCUGGUUAGCGGGACAAUUGGGCACAUCCAAUGGUGGAAUUCAGCGUGGCGAUGGGACGGCCUAUGUAAACGAGGAGUUCAUUUCCCUACGCCUCAAUAUCAACCUUCUUCCUUUGGCUUUUGCUACAUCUGCAUCAGUGAUCAUGCUAGGACUGGCGCUACAUAUGACAAGAGCAUUCGAUGCAUCACACGACAGUCAGGCUGCUAUCCAAAACAUAGGUGUACUGCAACUCUUGUGGUUGGGUCAUCGUUCAGCCUCUAUCAAUGAAGUUAUGGAAGAUGUUCAGCAUCCGACAGAGGCCAAUCUUCAGCGAGCAGGCAUGGUAGAUGUUUGUCUUUCAAAGAUAAUAUCCGAUGAAGGAGAGUUGGAGAGUUCAACUGCUAGCGGUGGUCUUCCUCGUGGUGUCGACCACCGUCGUGAUGAUGAGAUGUGA